AUGGCUAGCGUCAUCGGGCGCAGUGCGUCCUUGACGAUCGACGACUCUUUCCACUUCGAGCGAGAACAACGGCGAUGGAGCUACCGCACCAAAGAGAGCGACGGCGGCGAUGACAUCGGCAGCCGCCGGAAGUUAAUGCACAGCAGCAGCACCCGCAGCACCCGCAGCACCCGCAGCCGAAAUCUUGUUCGCAGCAAGAGCAUUGCGGGAGGCGAAGGCUGCCGAGCGCACGCCCCGUCCGCCUCCUCAUCUUCGCCAUCGAAAGGCAAACAAAUGCUCCGGUCGGUGGUUGGUUUCCUGUCGAGGGCAAAGAGCGCCAAGCCCAGAAAGCCAAGGAGCUUCACCAUGACGGUGCCGGCUUCCCCGGCGUCCUCGCUUUCGAGGACUAACAGCGAGUCGUCUGCGUCUGCGCACGAGGGAUGCCAAGACGAUGACAGCGGCAGUAGUGCCCGGGGAAGCGCGCACGGACACGGCGCGGCAACCUCCCGGCCGCGGGUUUCCUUUGUUACUGAUGUGACGACGGUGUUCAUCGAGCAAAUGAAGGAGGAAGAGGUGCGCAACACGUUCUACUGUCGCACGGAGUACGCCGCCUUCAAGGAGGCUUACCGCAGGCACCGCGACAACAACCCGGACUGGUGCAGGGGCAACGACGUGCUCCCGUGCAACUGCGACGCCUGCCGAGACGACCUCGUGGAGGGAGGUCCGCACAUAUACUCGGCGGCGGUUUCGUCUGCUGGUGGUGGUGCCUCCUCCUCCCAAGCAGACGCUCACAUGGGCAAAGAGGACGGCCCAUACGACCAUGCUCCGCCACCUCCGCCCAAUCCCUACGCACACGAUGGUAGAAGCGGGGGAGACGGGAGCGAGCAGCCGGAGUGCCACCACGAGCCCCCUUCCCCGGUGGGCGCGGUGUUCCAAGACAGCCCGGAGAAGGAGGAGGAGGACAGCGGCAGCAGCGGGGGCGGGGGUUUCGAGUACGCCGCCGAGACAAGGCCGACUCAACGGCCAUGCCCCGCCCCCGAAGGCAGGAACAGGCGGCUUCACUCGCACACGCGCAGUCGGACGUGGGGGGUGGGGAGCAUCUCGUUGGCGGUGCCCCCGGCGACCAGGUCGCACAACCGGGGCGGCAGCUUGGACGACUGGGGCGUGACCUCGAGCGUCAGGGAGGCAGUCAAGUGCCACGGGGAAGGGUACGCGUACAAGACCCUCCGCCUGCAAGGCUUCAGCGAUCUCUACAUCAAGACGCACUUCUUGCCCUCGUAACUACAGUAAUAAACGUUGCGGCCUGGUGAUGCUGCCGUAGCCGGGGGGUGGUUUUCCUUGUGGGCACCAGAUUUAGGAGAGCGCCUGGUAUGGUGUACCUCACGCGGUUGGAUACUCUCGUGUCGACCAAUGGCGCGCGUGCGAUUUGGUGGAUAACGGUUACCAUUUUAUUGGGGAAACACUUUUUGUUUUGGUUUGUAAAUACUGCUUGUGGUGUUGCGAUUAUUUUUUUUUCAUGCUGGGGCGGUGCUGUUUGAGAGAAACAUGUUUUUUCUCCGGCCGAGAGCUUUGAGUGUGGUUGCUUUUAUUGCCUGAUGAGAGACGAGCGAGGUGGCAAAACGUGUAUAAUAUUUGUCUGUUUGAGAGACAAGCGACGUGUGAUAUUUGUUCUGUUUGAGAGAUGAGAGACGAGAGAUUCGAACGAACGUGUAUGCGUACGAUAUUUGUUCUGUUUGUUGCGUACCGUGGUUGUGAUGAAAUCGUAAGGACACUAACUAACUGGGUUGAAAACUUAUUUGUCGGCCAGCAAGGGGGAGUAGAGCUAGCUUCCUCUACCAGGAGCGGCCAUUGGACGGGUCGGUACACAUCAUACUCUAUAAACAAGGUGCGCAGUAGUCGCGUUUUUUCCCAACGUAGGACUUGAAAGAAUCGGGCCGUGGCAUGGCCAUGUCUUGUAGUUAUUUAUUGAUGGCGUGAGUGGGCCGCGUGGGCUCGCAAGGGAUAGAGGGGUGGGUAUCUAGAGCGUUCGUCGCUACAUGUUCGGUUCAAUUGUUGAUUGCCGAGGCGCAACGCCCGAGCGUUGAGUUGCAAGCUGCUGGGGUCUGUCCCCUCUCGUUUUUUGUGGGGUUUGUUUUGUGGUGAUGGCCGGUUUUUCUCGGCUGCGCCGUCUCGUGAACAAACUUAGACUUGCGAGGCGUGCCGGCGGAAGUGGCGUAGUGUCUUGACGGUUCGGAGGGCGGCGUUCUCGAAAAUGUUGUACAGGCGUGUGGUUGGAACGAAGCAGGUUUUCGGGGUUUGUGGUGACGGGAGGUUUGUCUGAGAUUUGGGGAUCGCAACGAUUUUGCGCUUUUUUUUUUUUUUGUCGGUGGGUACCUGCCUGCUGCACACGUCCCGUGUCACUGGUGCGAGAGAAGAUAGAUGCAGGUGAUGAUGGUGCACAAAGGCACUUUUUUUUUGCUCUUGAAUUAUUUUCAGGGUGGCUUUUGUUUUGCUCGGGUGCCUUCGUUUUUCCCCACGGGAAGGGUACUCUCAGAGAGGGCGAGAAAGCACGCACGGCAUGUACCGAUUGGUUGACCGGUAGCGGUGCUUUAUCAGAGAAAACACAAACGCCAUUACUUUGAGUUUUCACUUGUACCCUGUGCCGAGAAUGGUUUGCUUGUCUUCGAGUAGAAUUUAAUCCAAGUAGCGCUCAUCGGAGGGUAUUCUGCGCUUGUAUCCCGUGGCGGUUAAAGACGACCGGUGCAGACCAGAACCCCAACAAGCUUCACGGUGCGCGGUAGUCCCUCUCAUUCCUCCAUGAGCGCCCCAAUUGGGCUUUGCUACAAGAAUUGUGUGUUUUCGAAAACGUUGGGGGGGGGGGGGGAGGUAGUGUUGUGUUCUCUGGAUGAGGAACGGCUAGAGCCGUGCGGGUAUUCUACGUCAGCAUUUUUCAGGUUGUUGAGGUGUGUGUGUACAUCAUGUCGAGGGGAGGCGAGAACGGGCCAAUGAUUUGCUAUCUAUGUAUCCCGGAGACAGUUUUUUUUUUUUUGAGGGGGGGGUUGAAGCAACAAUAUUGUCGUGCAGCGUUCCCUGGCGAGGUUGCGUUGUUGUUUGUUGUCUCUAGUUUAUGUCUAUACAAUAUACGGCCCGUUUGUGCAGGGUCUACCGAAGCAUUCAUGAAGGUUGCAGGAGUAAUCAUCAUGGCUUAUACAUCCAUGUGGGCAGCUGAGGGUGGUCGAUUACUGGUUGGUUUUACAAGUAGAGGAUGAGGAAUGAUGGAGAAUUGCGUGACGUCUACAGAGUACGCACAGCGGAGUCUGUGGUGUGUUUUCAAUUCGAGAUGUUAUGUAUGCAAGGCGUCGUCGCGUAGUAACUCUUUUGAGCUUGCUGUUGAUCGAUGUACUCCGUAUUUCUCUGUCGUUUAACUUGCGCACAAAGGACAUGUUUCCAAUCGUUGAACACCUGAAACAUGAAGCAAUCCACUCUCGGAUUGAGGGUCGUUGGCGGAUGGGUCUGAGCGACUUUGCUGCGUCAAGGUGUGUGUGUGUUGAUAUGGUUGUGUUCCGUUCAGCUAAGGGUACACCGCUUCAGCGAUGUGCAUGUAUGGAGCCUAGUGUACCUGAAUGUAUGAUGGAUGCACACCACACGCUGUCGUUGUUUGUAUGGGGCGGGAGAGACGUCAAUGAGUAGAGAGUAAACCAGUCGUCCAUGUUCGUUUGUUCCCCAUAUCGUACCUCGCGAUUGUGUAGUACAUGCGCUUGUUUGUGGAUAGACCUUGGGGGGAAGGACAGACGGCUGAGCCCUGCUCGCAUUCGAAGGUUCAAGGCAAAAAAGUAAUGCUGCAGAAGUAUUCUUCUGUGUGACCCCUUGAUCGGAGGCCAAAGUCCGUAUUGUAGAGUAGGUAGAAAUGGGAGAGAAAGAAUAUCGUGUGUUCGAUUGUGUCGUCGUCUUACAUUUAAGAAUUCGAUCUCUGCUCCUU